AAAAAAUUCAUAUUAUAUUGUCGUUAGUGAAUCUAAUUAUGAUUUUUGUUAAAUUUUAAUAAAAUAAAUUAUCAUCUGUAAUACUACAAACAAUCUAUAAAUAAAAAGGAAUUCUCAGUUCGAAAUUUAAUAUUGUAAAUUUAAUAAGAAAUUAUAUUUCCUUUUUUGUCUAUAGUUUAUGUUGAGAUAGUGAAUCUGAGCUUGAGGAAGCCUACCUGUAAAACUAAAGGACCACAAAGCUAUUUGUUUGUUUAUAAUUGAAAGAUGGAAAAAUAAUUUAAAUAGAGAUGAAGAUAUGUAUAUGUUUUCAUUAUCUAAUGUGCCAUAUAAUGAUAAUGAUUCCAGAUGAUGAGGAAAUAUAUCAUAAUAAUAAGGGUAAUGACUCCAGAGUUUAUACUAGUACAUUACUUUGGAUAUUACUAUAAAUUAUAAAAAAUCAGUAUCUACUUCAUUUCUGUAUAUAAUUUUCUCUUCUUCUACAUAAAUACUUGAAUGUACAUAGUGAAGGUCAAUAAUGUGGAUAUAUACACUUCAAUAAUUAGAAUCCAAAAAAGUGUAACAUUUUAUUGUCUUUUUGUAUAUCCACUUAUUCUGAAUAUAAUGGCAAAAACAAAAUUCGUGGAUGUAAUUACUUCAUUUCAUAUUGAGAAUUCAAGAAAAUAAUACACCGAGUAAAAAUUGCAAAAGAAGAAGAAUCAUUGUCCUUGCAAAACAGCAAUAACUCACGAGGGGGUAUUUUCUUGGCUUACCUAAAGUGUGGUCAUCUCAUGACUCAAAGACGAGAGAUCGAUGUUUGUGCAAAUUAUACUGACUCACUGCACUGCAGAUUUUUCCGCCUCUUAACUAAGCUUUGUUUUUCCCUUCACUUGAAAGUACUCUUUUUUUUUUCUUUCUAAAACUUCAAAGUACUCUUUUGAUUAGCAAGACAUUCACCAGAUGAUAUGAUGUCCGAUGAUCAGAUGAAUGUGCUCUUUGACAAGAAGCGUUCCACAAGCAUAUCUUAAAACAAAUUACAAACUUAGUUUUUUUUAUAUGUUACAUAGAAAACCUACUGACUGUUUCGAAUAUAGUUAAGAAUUAAAUUAUAGUUCAAUAUUUUUUUUUCUCCAGUUAAAUCGUGAUGCUUGUCACUAUGCUGAGAAUUUUUUUGAACUUGCCAAAAUUUUCGGCUUCCAUUCAAUUUGGUUCUAGAAUUUGAUUUGAUUCGGUAAUUUUUUGUUCAAUUUGGUUUCCGGUUUAAGUUGACAAUCAAUUAAUUACUUUGGUUUUCUACUUUUACCUCCAAAAGUUAUAAUCAAACCUUACCAAAAAUCCGAAUCAAACUAACCAAACUAACUAAAUUUUGAACCGAACUAACUAAAAUUAACCUAAUUUAACUGAAUUUAUCCAAUUUUUUUUUAAAAAAGUUAAACUAAAAUCUAACUGAUAUAAAACUUUGGUUAAGUUCAAUAGAAUUUCCAAAAGCCCAAAUAACCGAAUAAUAUCAUUGAAUUUUACUUGAGAAAUCUAUACAUGGCAACUUUCUUUAACCAACAGCGAUACUUAGAUUUUAUCAAUCUAUAUCGAUGUUACCCCCUGUCAAAACUGGGAUCUGGGUGAGUGACAAGUCACACAACAUCACUCAUGAAUAUUUAUACAAACAAAUAUUGAUACCACAUACUAGUUGGACAAUAGUAUGGAACUUAUAAAUACUAUUUUAAUACUAGGGGCCUUUAUGACCUUAUCAUUGUUUGGUCUAUAAAUAAGAAGUGGUGUCAAGGUGUCAGAUAGAGUGUACAACAUUAUUUAGCCCACAAGUUGUCAUUUUCUUAUGUAUUUUGGGAUCAAUAUCUAUUUUUGUAUUAUUUUGAAUUCAUCAUAUAGUUUUAUUGGAUUUAUCACAAGAGGAAUCUCAUCAAAUGCAAAGUGUGUGGUUGUUUUCCUUGGGCUGGGGGUGUCAAUCUCUAUCACUUAGGGAGUUAGGGUUGUUGUCAUUGUAGGGACAUGUAAAAACUUGUCGACAAAAACGCUCCAUUAGUGGGAGACAUAUCAAGAUUUCACAUGAUUCUUGAAGUUGUGAAAGUUGUAGAUAAUUCCAUAAUACACAGUCCGAUUCAAGAUCGUUUUCAAAACCCUCUUAAUAAGUAAUUAGUGCCGGAUUGCAAUCUUACAAUUUUGUGGACUUACCAAUCCCUAUGAAGCAGCUGGUUAGAGUCCAUUUGUUUAUUUUACUAAAAAUGAUAAAACAAAAUUUCAGCUAGAGAUUAUCAAGUUUAUAAAUGUCAUUGUGUUUUCUAUACAGAAGUGACUCUUUUAAGCUUUUUUUUUACAUCAGUGAUUUUUUUAAGCUUUAUCUCACUUGAUAUACCCAUGAAUAUACUAAAAUACCUUUUGUCAAUUUAUUUACAUUUUAAAUGGUAAAAGUGAUGGAUUAACCAAAAAAAUGAAUUAUCUUUCAAAUAUGAAACAGCUACACAGUAAGUCAGUAACAGUCACAAGAACUUAUGUUCAUGACUAUACGACCUAAAAGAUGACAAUAUGUCAAUGCUUGGAAUGAAGAAACCAAAAAAAACCAAUCCAUUUUUUCCUUAUAAGCUUCUAAGUUGGUGUCAUUGUGGUACCCUCUAAUACCACUACACUAUAAGAUUCCGUGAGGCUGAAAACAUCCAGAAAAGCUCCCGGUUAACAUUCUUUGCUGCUUGGAACAUCAUGUGUGCCAAAAGAUCAGUUGCUAGUGACACCAAAGUCGAACCCUCCACCACCGAGCUUAGGUUAUACUCAAGAACCCACGUGUUGGGAUCAAGUUGCAGAACCGAUGUGCUACAUUUAGUUUUCCCCCACGAAGUAUUGGCCUCAUGUAUAGAGUAACCGAAUCUCCCUUCUGACCACUUCAAGAAGAACAUCACAAACAAGAGAACAAGAACAAAGACUUACACAAACAGAUACUAAACAAAUAAAGCAUUGAGAUUUGAAUCUAAAUGAUUUACCUCAGUGACUCGGCCUGAUAACACCGUGAUUGAACUUGUGGAGAACCUGACCGAAAAAUCCUGAUGUCUGCAAAGGCCAUCCCCAUAUACUCAACUCUUCAGUGACAGAUUUAUACAGAACACAUUUUGACAUCAACAUCAGACCAUCCACAAAAAAAAGACAGUAACUUUCGAUCAACCAAACGGUCUUUAUUUGCCCCGGAUUUUGUCUUUAUUUGUUUAUUUUACCGUCAGUUUGAUAUUUAAAUAUCAAGUCCCCCAACGGUCCUCGGGUUUUUGCGGUUUUGUUUCACGUACAAAGACUAACAUACCCUUCAUACGCAAAUGAAUUAGAAUUUAGAACUACAUGUGUUUAAGUAUUAAAAGUGAACGAUGAUUAUAAAUGCAUAGACAAAACGUCAAACGUUGAUUAAUGUUUCCAUACGACUAAUUCAAAACACUUCACAAGCUCUUUCUACAUUUGGAACAACUAGUAAUACUGGAGUUAAUUUAUUCAGAAUUUACUUCUACCAUAACCAGAAAUAAUCAAUCAAUGUACGUGUUAACUAACUCACUCAAGUCCAAAAUGGUAGGACGCUUGGCUUCAAGAAACCUUAGUGUUAUUAGCUAAAUAAUUAAAAUAUAUAACCAAAUCAUCGUAAUCUCUUUUUUCUUUUAACAAGCAUAGCAAACAUUUUUCUUAGUAUGCGUGUAUAUAUGAUCAAACAUUUAUGGUUGAUGGACUUUGGUUUACAGAACCAAACCUAAAGGCUAAAAACUAGCUUUCAGUGGUAAAAGUUAGUUAAGGUGAAUAGGUGAUUGCGCUUCAAAUGUCAAAACAAAACCAACUUCCAUGAAUUACUUUACUAGCCUCCUCUAUCCUCUAUAUAUAUCAUUCACAAGGAAUCAUAAAAACCUCAUGACCAUUUGGUCUUGAAUAGAGAAAAAAGAUUCAGCUUGCCAAAACCACUAAACAGAACAAAAUGGAUCCCAAAUCAUUCCUAAUCUCAGCUCUAAUCUUCUCUCUACUUUCAAAUUCUCCAAUACUGAUGAGUCUUGCUCAAAUCAACACUCCAUGUUCACCAACCAUGCUCUCUAGCGCUACUGCAGGGUGCAUGAGUUUUCUAAUGGGAGGUGCUAGUUCUCCGACUUCGGAUUGUUGUAGGGCUCUUAAAACGUUAACCGGAACCAGUAUGGACUGUUUGUGUCUGAUUGUGACCGCAAACGUGCCACUCGAUCUUCCUAUUAACCGAACUCUAGCCAUCUCUCUUCCUCGUGCAUGUGGUGUCCCCGUUCAAUGCAAAGCUUCUUCAGCACUCCUUUAUGCUCCAGGCCCUGCGUCUCUCGGUCCAACCACUUCUCCUCCUACAGAAACCCAAAUUCCUGAAGGCCCUGCUUCUUUCGGUCCCGCCACUUCUCCGACAAGUUCGAUGGAUCCUGAUGGCAUGCCUGAUGACACGGAUGUUUCCGGACCGCGCAACGGAGGAGACCCGAGGGAGCCACCAAAGACUUCAGCGUCGUCGCCUUCCUCUUCACUCUCUCUCAAGCUUUCGCUUCUUCUAUUUGCUCUGUUUGCCUUUGAGUUUAUCAGUUUCUUCUAAUUCGUAAUAUAUGAUGUUCUUUACUUUCCUCUUUAUAUGAUUCUGGUUUUAGCUAGGGAUGUUAACGUAGGGUAAAAUAACCCAGCCCAGCCCAACCCACAAAUAACCCAACCCAGUUUAUACCCAACCUGCAAAAACCCAGAAACAUCAGGGUUGAAAUCCAAACCCAGAAAAUAAACCCAAUAUGGUAUAGGUUUACCCGUGGGUACCCAAAGUAUUAUCUUAUUUAUUCUGAAGUUUAGCAGUUUUGGCAGGAAACCUCGCUUUUGCGGUUUUGGCGGAAAAACUCGUUUUUGAUUUUGAUGGAAAAACUCGUUUUUACGGUUUUGGGAAAAAACUCGGUUUUCGGCUUUGACGGGAAAACUCGAUUUUUCGAUUUUGGCGGGAAAACUCGAUUUUUCGAUUUUGGCGGAAAAACUCGGUUUUGCGGUUUUGGGGGAAAAACUCGGUUUCUCGUCUUUGGCGGGAAAACUCAAUUUUCGGUUUUGGCGGAAAAACUCAGUUUUACGGUUUUGGCGGGAAAACUCAUUUUUUGCGGUUUUGGCGGAAAAACUCAUUUGCGGUUUUGGCGGGAAAACUCAUUUUUUUUGCGGUUUUGGCGGGAAAACUCGGUUUUUGCGGUUUUGGCGGGAAAAUUGAGUUUUACGGCACUGGCGGGAAAACACCUUUUGCGGUUUUGGCGGAAAAACUCGAUUUUGGGGCUUUCAGUCGGAAAACUCGAUUUUACGGUUUUAGCGGGAAAACUCAGUUUUGCAGUUUUGGUGAGAAAACUCAGUUUUGCGGUUUUGGCGGGAAACUUAGUUUUAUGGUUUUGGCGGAAAAACAAGUUUUGUGGUUUCGGUAGAAAAACUCGAUUUUUCGGUUUCAGCGGGAAAACUCGUUUUUGGUUUCUGUUAGAAAUAUUAGUUUUAGGGUUUUUGCGAAAAAAAAUCAUUUUUUGGUUCUGACGGAAAAAAACGUUUUUGCAAUUUUUAUAUAAUUUAAUUAAAAUGGUAAAAAUCUAUAUAUAUAAUUGAAAACCCAUGGGUACACCAUUACCCUUUUGUAUUUACCCAACAUAAAUAUGGGUUUUAAAAUUAAUACCCAUGGUUGACCCAAUUAAUCUUAGAUGGGUAAAAACCCAGCCCAUUAUUAGUGGGUUUGGGUAAACCCAUGGGUAACUACCCAUGUUAACAUCCCUA